AUAUUUAUAAAAAGUGACUUUAGCCUAGUGGUUCUAAGAGAAAUUACUAGUGCUAGAGGUGCUGGGUUCGAUUACCCCUGACUGCAUUCAUUUAUCUUGGCUCCAAAUAUAAAAUGGGACAUGUGUCACUCCCAUAACGCACGACUUGAUGACGUGGCUUCGUAUAUAUAGAUUAUCUAUUUUUUUUACAAGGCUCCUUAAAUCUGGGGCAACUUUGGAAUUCAAUAAAUAGCGAAAGGAUAUAUAUAAGGUCUCCAUGUCGUUAUCUUUUUUUUUGUAACUUAAUGUCGUUAUCUUUUGUAAUCAAAACAAACAUUUAACCAACCGAAAAUCAAAAUCCGAAGCUAAAAGCAGAUACACGAUCAGGUAAUCAAACAAAAAAUAGAAGAUAUGAAAAUGGCGUCUUUACUCAGACAAGAAGAAGAAGAAGAACAUCACUGUUCUUUGUCAAGACUCUCCGUCUGUUGUAACUACGACGGCAAUGAUGCCGACGGAGAACCGUCUGAUUCCGACGUAAAGCUUGUCGGCGGAGGAGAGAAGAUGGAGCAGCUUGAGUUUUCAGAUUCCGACCACGGAUCAACGGGUUGUCUGUCGCUUCCGGCGACUCCUCCGAGACUGAGACGGCGGCAGGGAGGAACGGUGAGUUCGCUGGUCUCCGGCGAUAAAGCAUACGCGAGCGAGAACGAAGCGCUAAAGGAAAAACAUGGGAGUAAUAACAAUCAGAGGAGGAGGAGGAGGAGGAGACUGCGACCGGAGUAUCCGCCGUGGGUGGACAGCAUGCGGCGGAGCUACGUUGAUGAACAGAGCGGUUACGGCGGAGGAGUGGUGGUGGUGACGAGGCCUGUGGGAGGAGGAAGGCCGUUAUGUAUGGAUUUAGAGGAAGUUAAAGCUUGUCAGGAUUUAGGAUUUGAGAUUGAACCGGGUCAGGUCUCGUAUACCGGGUCAACGAUGGAUACUAGUAGUGGCGGCAACUCUCCUAUCUCCUCUAACCACCGUAUCUCCAGUCCCGGGGAUGAUCCAAAAGAAGUGAAAGCGAGGCUCAAGGCGUGGGCUCACGCUGUGGCUUUUGUGUCUACUACCCAUCAUCAUCAACCUCCAAAUUCUCUAUGAUCCUCUUACAAUUUUUUUUUUCAUCACAUUAUUUUACACUUGCAUGCAUAAACUUUGUGUUUUAAAGCUCUGUUUUCUGUCUUUGUGUGAUUGACGAUGAGUUUUGGCAAUCGAUAUGGUCUCAUACGCCAAAAGUAUAGAGUUAGAUUCAAGUAUAACUACUAAAGUUUGUGGAUUGAUUUCUCCAGAAUUAUUGUAAUAUCUCAACAAUGUAAAUUAAUAGGAAAUAUUAAGAUUUCUAAAAUUAAA